AUGGACUACCUCGCCGAAGCCAGUGUUCCCGCCGUGGCGAUGGCUUCCGCGCUGGCAGUGGGUGCGGGCGCCUAUCUGAAUGCGAAGCUGGCCAUUUCCACGGAUUUGACUACAAUUCGCCAUGACCGGAAGUUCAAAGAGCGCCUGACCAGACAAAUUGCCAGCCUGGGUGAAUCAACUACAAUGUACAAACUUCUCGAAAAAGUCGUGGAGAGGGACGGGCAUGGCGCAAAUGAAGCAUUGUGGUUUGAACACAAAACGUGGUCCUAUACACAGCUCAAGGAUGCGGUGGAUCGAUUUGCGGCUUUACUCCAUGCUCGAAAUGUCAAGACAGGAGACUUUGUUGGCGUCUUUACAACCAAUUCGCCCGAAAUGGUGAUUGUUCUCUGCGCCCUGGCCAAGCUCGGUGCCGUAGCUGCCAUGAUCAAUACCAACUUGCGAGACGAUACCUUCAUCCACUGUCUAGACGUAUCAGGCUCAAAGUCGAUCGUUUCCACCCCCGAUUUAUCUCAAUUUGUCUGCGCCGACCUGCCCCAUUUUUCGGUCAACAUGUCGUCUUUUGACGGCAUUUCCACCGAAUCCGUUGAAACAAUCACGGCGUCUGAUCUGCAACAAUUCUCACCAGCGGCGGUGUCACCAGCGAAGCGCACCCCCAAGGAUCUCACUGCCUUGAUUUAUACCUCCGGUACAACCGGCAAGCCAAAAGCAUGCGCCAUCCGAAACAUGAUGGUCAUGGUGACUUCGACUCCUCUUUCAAUAGACGAGCAGAAUCCAUCCAAGUACCGCCCUCUGCGAACCUACUCCUCCUUGCCACUCUUCCACGGCACCGCUUUCUUCACAGGACUGUGCUACACCCUGGGCAACGCAGGCACGCUAUGCCUUCGUCGCAAGUUCUCCGCCUCCCAGUUUUGGAAGGACGUGCACGAUUCCCAGGCGACCCGGAUCCUAUACAUCGGUGAACUCUGCCGCUAUCUCCUCUCCACCCCACCAUCUCCCUAUGAUCGUGGCCACAAGUGCAUCGUUGCCACGGGUAAUGGUCUUCGCGGUGAGAUCUGGGAAAAGUUCCGAUCACGUUUCGGUGUGCCUGAGAUCCGCGAGUUCUACCGCUCCACGGAGGGAGUGGCCAAAUUCGAUAACAUCGGCGAGGGUGCCUGGGGUGCCGGCAAGGUGGGCUUUUCCGGACCGAUUCGACGCCUGCUUGAAGACGAUACGUUCAUCGUGAAAUAUGACACUGAGACAGAAAUGCCCUAUCGUGACCCUUCUACCGGGUUCUGUAUUCGGGCGCAAUUGGGCGAGGAAGGCGAGGCCAUUGGCCGAGUACGAGACCGAGGUCUGUUGACGGAGUAUUUGCACAACGAGGGUGCGACAGAGGGGAAAUUGCUGCGCGAUGUGUUCCAAAAGGGGGAUCUUUUCCAGCGAACGGGCGAUCUCGUCGUCCAAGAUCAUUCAGGCUGGGUUCGAUUCCAAGAUCGUGUGGGCGACACAUUCCGCUGGAAGGGCGAGAACGUCAGUGCGGGUGAGAUCCGUGAUCACAUCUGUCGCAUUGAGGGUGUUCACGAUGCUGUGGUGUAUGGUGUCAAAUUGACCAGUUACGACGGUCAAGCUGGUGCAGCUGGAAUCACUCUCGAAGAUCACUCUGCUGCUGCGGAGCAAGAAUGCAUGGCCAACUUGUACACCCACCUGAAAAAGAGGGGUGUUCCUUCUUAUGCUAUUCCUCGUCUUGUGCGCAUCACCGAAAAGGUGGCUACGGGUGUGACCUUCAAGCAGGCCAAGGGCGAUCUCGUGAAGAAGAGCUGGGAUCCUCGCAAGGAUGCAGGUGGUGAUUCUCUAUGGUGGCUCAACGGGACGAAAUACGAGAAACUCGAUGGAGAUGGUUGGUCUCGGAUUGAAGACGGCAAGGCCAAGCUUUGA